AUGUCCCGCGAGCUCAUGUUCGAGAACGACCACGCGAUAUGCUGGAAGACGACGAUCACGCCGAACGCGCCGCUCAAGAUGCACCGGCACGACCGCGCGCGAUGCAUCGUCGGUCUGAAGGGCGGCGUCCUCAAGAAGACGGAGGAGGACGGGCGCGUCUCGAACCUCGUGUUCGAGACCGGGAAGGCGUACUGGCUCCCGAAGGAUCCCCCGAACGAGCUCCACGCGGACGUGAACGAGGGCGAGGACGACGUCGUCGUCAUCGUCACGGAGUUGAAAGAGGAGGCGGACAGGGACGGCACGGCGGAGUUCGGGGCCAAACGCGAGCCGUUCGCGGGGUUGAAGAUGCCGAAAGGCUGGGAGCCGCCGACGACGAAGCGAGACGAGUAG